UGGACUCUACCUCCUCCUCCUCAUGAUCCGGACUCUGUGGAUCUAAACCGCUCCAACAUGACGCCGCGAUUCUCUCCCUGGUUUCUGGUUGUGUUCCUCCUCUUGCUGCUGCUGCUGCUGCGCUCUGGACAGCCCCUGUUGCAGCGUGAUGGUGAUCUGACCUCGUCUCCUCAGCUGGACCUGACAGAGCUCAUCGGGGUCCCUCUGCCUCCCGCCGUCUCCUUCGUCACCGGGUUUGAGGGUUACCCCGCCUACAGUUUUAAACCCGGAGCCAACGUGGGGAGACUCACCAAAUCCUUCAUCCCCGACCCGUUUUAUUACGACUUCGCCAUCACCGUCACCGCCAAACCGACCACCAGAGCGGGAGGAGUCCUGUUCGCCAUCACCAACGCCUAUCAGAAAAUCGUGCAGUUGGGCAUCUCUCUGUCCGAGGUGGAGGACGGCGCUCAGAGGGUGGUGCUGUUCUACACCGACUCCAGCUCCAGCUCCACUCAGGAGGCAGCGUCCUUCAAGAUGGGAGACAUGACCGGACGCUGGGCUCGCUUCACCAUCACCGUACAGGGAGCGCAGGUGCGCUUGUUCAUGGACUGUGAGGAGUACCAUCGUGUGGAUUUCUUCAGGAGUCCUCAGCCCCUCACGUUUGAGGCCAGCUCCGGGAUCUUUGUGGGGAACGCCGGAGGGACGGGGCUGCCCAGAUUUGUGGGCUUGAUUCAGCAGCUGCUCCUGAAGUCUGAUCCCACGGCCCCGGACGACCAGUGCGAGGAGGACGACCCCUACGCGUCUGGUUUCGGCAGUGGAGACUCGUAUGACAAUGAGGAGAGGCCGGAAGGACGAAAAGAAGGACGGGGGCAAGUGGACAUAAAAGAGAUCAACGAGUCCUUCCCAGACCUGGAGGCCCACAGCACGCCGGUCCCAGCUCCUCCAACCGAGUCCAGAGGAGAGGACGACGAAGACACGUUUAUAGAGGGGACAUCGGGAGAGGAGCAGGAGACAGUUUCACCUCCAGUAACCCCCCCAGCCCCCACCCCUGCUGCCCACACCCCAAACACAUUGGUGCAGACGUCCAGAUCUCCAGGACUGAAGGGGGAGAGAGGAGACCAAGGCCCCCCCGGACCUCCCGGACCCCCCGGCCCUGCUGGACCCGCCUCAGAGGGGACCGGGUCUGGAGCCAGUCCUGGACCCAGAGGACCACAGGGACCAGAGGGAGUCCCAGGACCCACCGGAGCGCCAGGGAGAGACGGGCUGCCUGGAAGCAAAGGAGACAAUGGUGAACCAGGACCAGAUGGACAUCCAGGAUUCCCAGGACUUCAGGGAGAGCUCGGGCCUAAAGGGGAAAAGGGAGACACAGGGGUGGGAUUGCCAGGUCCACCGGGGCCUCCUGGACCUCCAGGACGAGUGACGUCUGUGGAGGGCUCAGGGUUUGACGACUUUGACAGUGACGCAGAGAUUGUCAGAGGCCCCCCAGGACCCCCCGGCCCCCCCGGACAGCCUGGACCCCCAGGCUCCCCCUCGGACGCUCUGGUCCCUGGACCUCCAGGCAGAGACGGGCAGAAGGGCGACCCGGGGCUGCCUGGGUCUGAUGGAAAAGAUGGUGAACCUGGAGUUGCUGGAGAGAAAGGAGACAAGGGUGAACCAGGUUUAAGUGGACAACCGGGACCAAAGGGAGACCAGGGCCCUGCAGGCUUCCCCGGUAUCCCAGGAUCAGAGGGUCCUGAGGGGCAGCCCGGUCCCAGAGGUCCCCCCGGCCCCCCCGGACCUCCAGGACCUCCAGGACGGGGAUACGCUCUGGACUAUGAGGACAUGGAGGAAGAGGUGCAAAGCGGGUAUGGACCAUUGCUGACCAGAAGUUCACAGGGUCAGGCUGGCAUCCCUGGACCUCCUGGACCGAAGGGCAAUGAUGGAGCAGUUGGUGCCCCAGGAAAACCAGGUCAAAAGGGAGAGCCCGGUUUUAUUGGACGACCAGGAUUCCCAGGACUGGAGGGAGAAAAGGGGGAACGGGGGCCCAGUGGGGACAAAGGUGAUCGAGGACAAAAGGGAGAGGCAGGACGGGAUGCAGUGGGCUUACCCGGACCCCCAGGACCCCCCGGAGCUCCAGGACAAAUCAUCAACCUCCAAGAAUUUUUGAAUGACACAGACGGUGCCUUCAAUUUCUCAGGGAUUUUGGACACUCUUGGACCAGCUGGGCCACAGGGGCCAAAAGGAGACAUGGGGUUACCAGGAGUUCAAGGACCUCCAGGACUUAAGGGUGAUCGGGGAGAGCCAGGGUUUAUCAUAACUGCCAAUGGGACCAUGAUUUCAGCUGUUGCAGGACCAACGGGGCCUCAAGGAGAAAAGGGAGAUGUUGGUGUAACUGGACCACCCGGACCACAAGGACCUACUGGCCCUCCUGGACCAAAAGGAGAGUUUGGAUUCCCAGGACGACCUGGUCGCCCAGGCUUCAAUGGACAAAAAGGAGAGAAAGGAGACUCCAUUGGUCAGAUGGGACCCCCCGGGCCUCCAGGUCCUCCAGGUCGACCAGGCAUCUUCAACUGCCCCAAAGGAACAGUGUUCCCCAUCCCUCCCAGACCCCACUGCAAAAUGCCUCUUAAUCCAGAUGGGACAAUAGCAGCAGGUAACUGUAAAAAUGGAACAAAGGGAGAAAAAGGAGAGAGAGGAGCUCCUGGAUUGCCUUCACCAGACUUUUUCACGAGAGGCUGGGGAGAUGACGGUCGUAAAGGAGAAAAGGGCGACAGAGGAGAGUCUGGGUUCAUGGGACAGCCUGGUCUCCCGGGUCGACCUGGGCCUGUGGGUCCUAAAGGAGACGCUCUGAUGGGACCCCCGGGGCCUCCUGGAGUCCCCGGUUCCCCUGGAGUCCCUGGGUACGGCCGACCUGGACCCCCCGGACCACCAGGACCUCCAGGACCCUCCACCGGCUCCAGAUAUGGAACAGUGAGCAUUUCAGGCCCCCCAGGCCCCCCCGGACCUCCAGGACCACCGGGACAAGGGGCAACCAUGAAGGUGUUUACGAGUCGCGAGAGCAUGAUGCAGCACACGCUCAGAGACGCAGAGGGGACCAUGGCCUUUGUGUCCACCACCGCCAGUCUGUACAUCAAAGUGUCUCAGGGCUGGAAGGAGAUACAGCUCGGCAGUCUGAUCUACCUCUCCAACAACAUCAUUCCACAAGACGAGCCGAGUAAUGCUGUGGCGUAUCAGGUCCAGGGGCCCACGAUGGAGCGAGUGCGAUCGACUAAAGACAGACUCAACCUGGUGGCCCUGAACCAGCCUCACUCGGGUCUGAUGUUGGGCCUGAACUCUGCAGACCGGUUGUGUUACGACCAGGCCAAAGCCAUGGGCCUGUCUCCGAACUACAGAGCGUUCAUCUCCUCGCAGAGACAGGACCUGCUCCACGUGGUCUACCCCGGGUACAGGGACCGGCUGCCCGUCACCAACCUCAGGGGGGAUAUUUUAUUCAGAAGUUGGAGGUCCAUCUUCAGCGGCGAUGGAGCUCCGAUCAACACCCGGAUACCGAUUUACUCUUUUGACGGACGAGACGUUUUAGUGGAUCCUUUCUGGCCUCAGAAGCACAUAUGGCACGGCUCGACCAGCAGGGGGCACCGCAUCCUGGACAAACACUGCGAGGACUGGGGCGCGGACCACGUCUCCGUGACGGGACAGUCCUCCAGUCUCUCCUCCGGGCUCCUGCUCGGACAACAGACGCGAAGCUGCUCCAACCAGUACAUAGUGCUUUGUAUAGAGACCCACAAGACCCAUUAAGACCGACGUGACGCCCGCCGCUCCGCUGAAGCGCCCCCUAGAGCCAGACGACCCAAACUACAACACAAAAACUCAAAAUGGGCGGAUGUUACUGUUUAAGAUGAAUGUUUAUUUAUUUCAACCUCGUUAAAGCCGCACUAUGUAACUUUUCCGGUGGAGGGUCUGCCACUAACAUGUAAAUAUUACUGAUAAGUUAUAAAUGUUUCACAAUAUGGCAUUAAACUUGUAUUUAUUCAGUUAUAAGUAUCUAGAGUGCGUUGAAAAGCUUGCGUUUUUGCCGUUUGUGGGGUCGACUCUCCGCAGAUCUGACCCGGAGCUUGUUGCCAUGACGUCACCUAGACUUAAUAGUGUCUCUAUGUGGGUAAAAGUUUAAUGCCAUACUGUGGAACAUCCCGGGAGAUACACUGACACCAUCGUCGUGGAGAAAAGCAGACGGCCGACCCUUCGCCGGAAAAGUGACAUAGUUCUCGCUACGCGUUGCCAUAACAACACAAAAGCCAAAAUUUUUCGAGAAAAGGUGCUAGAAAAGGUGCUAGUCGUUUUUUCUUUAGGGCAGACUGUAUGUAAAGAUGGCCAGCGUCUCACACCGUAUCAUUUUGUGUUGGUACAUCGCGCUGGGGGUGUUCUGCCUAUACGCCUAUGACGAAAUGUUCAGCUGUUGCCAUAGCGACACAAUGCACACAUCAGCUACACCUGCCAAAAAAAGUCCUAAUAAUAACUGUUUUGCUUUCUUAUCCAUCUUUAUAUACAGUUAUACAAUUCACAGUUUUUAAAGGUGCAUUAUGUAACUUUUCUGUGGGAAGAUCUGUCAAUUGCUUGUUUCCAUGGCGAUGUUGUUGCUCCAUGGAUACAAGCAUUACAGGUGAGAUCUGUGGAGAGACGGCCACAUUUCGAGGUAUCUUUUAUCAAUAAACACCUGUAACUGCAAGAUAAACAGGAUUAAUGCCAAACAGUGGAACAACCAACCUGCUUGUUUCCAUGGAGAUGUUAUCGCUGCGCCUGUAAUGUUCCGCAGUACGACACAAACAUAUAAACGUAUCUUUCGCCUAACAAAAAACUGCACAAAAACUACACUAUUUGCAUCUCACCACUGAAAACCACCAAAAAAACACUGUGGAAAUAAAAUAAAGUAAAAAAAACUACACAUCUAUCUCCAUGGAAACCGCCUCUAUGCCAAGUUACUGGUCAGAUCUGUAAAACAGCGACCCCACUGACCGUAAGAAUACCUGAAACAUAUGCCUCUCAAGACAUAUUUUCAGCAAUAAAUACACGGCGGCUACAUUUAAUGCCACAGUGAGGAACAUUCCAGACAAAUCAAUAUCUCAUGGUAGCGGAUCCUCACUAGAAAGUUCCACAUUGCACCUUUAAAACUUUAUCCCUUUUUAAACAGAUAUGGCACAUAUUGUUAAACACAUGGACGUCGGUAAACAUUACAGCGACACGAAUAAUUGGUCACAAAAAAACUCAAAAUAUUAUAAAAAAUUUUAAAAAAGAGGUCGUUUUAAUUUUGUUCUAAACACGAUUGAUGAUUUCCAGGGCAUUCAGACUCAGCUCCUUUUGUAUGUUUGUGUUUACAGGUUGUCACUGCUUUGAUACCGUCACAUCUUUUGGACAUUUAAGGGUCAAAACUUUGCAAUUUUUCACUAAAAUCAAUUUGACGAGCAGCAGUUCUUCACUAGUGAUGGGAAACAAGGGCUAGUAUCGCAAAAAAAAUACCAAUACUAUUUUUUAUACAGAAAUGCAUUGUAAUUCCUCUGAUGUAGGGGAAUUUUACCGUUAGAAUAAAGAUGCUAUUUUAUUUUGUGAAAAAGCGUUCACCAAACUACUAAACCAGGGCAUAAGCAGAAAGACUGGAGGUUCAUUUUAUACAUUUUAGAGACAAUUUUCAAAAUAUUUAACAAAAAAAAAAGUCUUCAAAAUCUCACCUAUUGAUACUUUGCAGUGACAUCGCGCUGGGGGUGACCUAUUCUGUUCAAUUCAGUUCAAGUUUAUUUGUAUAGCACAUUUAAAAUAACUUCAGCUGACCAAAGUGCUUCAACAAAAACAGAAGACACAGUUAAAUACACAAGUUAUAUACACAAGUACACAUAUAUACAGAUAACGUGAAAAAAACAAGAUAACCUGACUCACUCGUACUAAAUUCCAGGGAGAAGAGGUGAGUUUUCAGUCUAGUCUUAAACUGCGUUACAGACUGAGAGAAUCUGUCUGGGCUCUGUCACCUCUCGUCUUGAGCCGAGUUUUGGGCAGGACCGACAGGAGCUGGUCGGCUGAUCUCGGGGCUCUGGGCGGAGGACAGGGCUGCAGUAACUCCCUCAAACAGACUGGACCCAUAGGCUGCGUUCACACAUAGCCGGGUAUGUUGAGAAGCGAAUAUUUCCCUCCCUCCGUUUUCCAAAAUAACAUCGUGCACACAGCAUCGUUUUCAGAAAGGUUUUCGUUUACAUCAACCCGCAUAUAUUCGCCAUCGAGCUCCGUCAUAACUACGCCAAACUUCUGGAUUAGAUUCAAACCUGUAGCAUUUAUUUCAUCACAGUUGUAAAUAUUACUCAAAAAUACCUCGAAAAACAUGCAUUACUGAGCAGGCUCGCCUCUCCACAGAUCUGUUAAAGAAGUGGCACAAUGUCUGAGCUUCGAGCCUCAUUUGUCUCUGGUCAUGGAACAUCAGCUGUGUGCAAAUGCAAACACAUGAAAAGUGUUUGCACCAGAAGAAAUGCGACUGCAGCUCUGAAUGCUUCUCCAUCAUCAAAAUCAGAGCAAAAGGAAAACAUUGGCCACAUUUUCAGCGCGUCAGUUCCUAAAACUCACUUUAUCUCACUUUACACGCAAACGCCAAACCGUAGUUUUCCAGAAUUUCCACUCUAACCGGAGUUUUAAGAAAGAUUCGUUUUCAGAGGCGAAUUCGCUGUUUGCGUGUUACAAACGAAGGGAAAUGUCUCCGUUUUUAAAAAUACCCGCGUACGUGUAAACAGGGCCAUAGAGUGUAAACAUCUGAAAACAAUUCUACAGUUUUACAUUUAUCUUUAUUGGUGCGAUGUUCAGCAGUUACCAUGGUGACACAAUGCACAUAUUCGCAAACAUGGACAAAAAAGUCUGAAAGCUCAAGAAAAAAAAACACAAAAUGGAUUCAAACUGCGCAUUUUCAGAAACCUGUGAUUAUUCCGAGCGUUCGUGGUUCUGUUUAGUUUCUGUUUCUGGUCAGACUGUGUUCAAACAAAGCUCAGAUUAAAGUCUAACUUGAGUAACGGAGCUUCAGACAGAGCAGUGCCUCCAGUUAGCGUCACAAACCCAGAGAAUUUUGGUAACAUCAGCUGCAAAGUGUCAAUAAACAAGAAGCUGAAAUCCAUGAAUACCCCACAGACACCCUGAAAACACUGGUCUAAAAAUAAAAAAAAUAGCAGAGGAUGUUUUUAAAAAUACCAAUAUUUUUACAAACAGAUCGAUAUUUUUUCUAAAAUUUUUCCAGAUUUUUUAUAUUUUGGUAUAUUUCGCCCGUCACUAUUUCCAGCCAAAGUCUCCCUGAUGCACUGUACAUUGUUACAUAGAGUUUGAUUCCAGAUCCACAUUUCUACAGCUCUUUGACUCCAUAGUUUUUUAUUUAAUUUAAUUUUUCAAAACUUAUUUAAGCUGUCGUAGCACAUAAAAGUCAAAUUUAAGAAUGUAAUUUAUGUUUUGUUCUUUGUCAUUGUUUUGUACAUUGUGUCGUAUGUUUGAAUAUUUUUGCCAUGAAAGUUCCAAAAAUUUGUGAGUAAAUUAUGUAAAAGAAAGAGAAAAAAAUAAAUAAACGAGUUUCAAAGAGACCAAAUUGGACGUGAAAAUUGUAUAGAUUGGUGCUUUGUUGAAUAAAGUUUGCUCUUUUCGUAAA